CUGUGGGACGCUAUAGUCAUUGUUGUAGAGUAGGUAAAUAGAUUCAAUUUAAAGAUAUAGUCACAGUGAUCCCCCAAAACGAAAUAUUAAGAACCAUUCUUUAAAAAUGAGUAAAUUACCCACUGGGCCUCGUAAUGCCCAUAUUCAGAAGUCACAAGGAGCCGAUACUAAUAUAAUGAAAUUUUACAUAACCCAAAAUUCUUCAACAUAUGGUGCAAGAUUUGACAAAUUUCAGCCUCGUCAGGGACAUCAUAGAGGCACUGGUUACCUUAGCAAUUUGCGCCCAGGUGUUUAUUACAACAGAAGACUAGAUGAUGUAGAUAAUCCUGCAUUAAGACGAAUCUGUGAUGGUAACUAUCGCUCAGUGACACAGUUGGACUUUCAGCCUUACAGGGAUCCAUCUGGCUUAGAAGUGUUUCCUAAUGGUGUUCACCACAGUCCCUCAGCAUUUGUCAGGCAGAAAGCUUUAACUGUGCCAAGAAACACUGAGGUGCAUUCUCACUUUAUUGAUACAAAACUGGCCAGUGCUCCUGCUAACAUUCUACCCAAGCACAAGCCUCUGUUACACAAGCUGCGAGGGAAAGAUGCUGUAGAGUCAGAAAAUUUUGGAUACGGACCCCGCUAUAUGAAAACUGAGAGUCAAGAGAAGUUUAAACCCUUUUCCUAUGGCAAUGUUGAUUUUAGUCUCCAAGAUAUUGGUCCACAGUCUGAAGUCUCCGGCUUUGUUCACAACAUCAAUGAUGAGCCAAUUACUUAUGAACCAAAGACAGCUUUUGUUAAUGAUAAACCUGGUUGGUAUACCCACAGACCAACUGGUGUCUCUGUCACUAGAACAAGCUUCAUACCUAAAAGAUGGCCAAGGGGAGAUGAUCCUUUACCAGGGGGAGUAACUCAUGGCUCUGAAAGAGAUUCUGGAUUCACAAGGGAAGAAGUGAAACCGAAAUACACAAAUAGUAACGCUCCUGAUGCCUAUGAUAGAUUGGUAGAUGUGCCUAAUUUAAAAGCAGAUAGAACUCGUAAAAAUGACCCAGCAGAGUUUAUCAAUAUGGAAAAGCCUCACAACAAAACAAGUCUUACAGGUGAGCAGUUUAAAGGUCAAUAUCAACCUGCACCUACUGAGGCUGACAGACUGAAUCGUACGAAAGUUGGUUUCAAGGAAGACACUAGCUAUACACACAACAACAUACCAUUUGUCCAGACAGAAGACAACAAAAUGAGGUUUAUGACUCACUACAUGUCCAGAUUUGGCCCUGAUCCUACUCCUGUCGGUGUUGAUCGAGCUGGACAUCUGAGAGGUGGAGUUCAAGAUCCAAGAUCUGAUGGGUUCACCAAGUCCAACACGAUCAACAGCUACGGCAAUGAACCUCCCAGCUCCUACAUCCUGCGCAGGAUUGAGCCUUAUGUUGGAAGAAGUAUCCGAGCCAGAAAUCAAUUCUAUGAUGACCACACUUAUGAUAGCAAAGCUCAUACAGAAGUGGUUAGCUGCUGAGCUGUUUGUAAACCAAAUGAAAUCAAUCAGACUUUGUAGCUGAAUUCACUGUCCAAAAAUGUUUUAGUUCAUUUUAUCUGGUUAAAUCUUGAUAGACUGUCUGUAAUUUUAACCUAAACUAUAUAGCUUAAAAACUUAACCUCAGAGUGCAAAAGUGAUCUAGUUUCUGAGGUAGAUUCAAUGUUCUUGAUUCAAUUUCUCUUCUCUGUGAUAUUGUACACAAUUUAUAUUUGUAUAUACAUUUAUUCCCACAGC